GCGCCUAAAGCAUUUUCCCAGACUCUCUCACACCGAAACGUAGAGAAACUCGCGAGUUGGCCCCACGUGUCAUCCUCACGACCGUGUCCAACCCAGGGACCCAAACCGACCGACCUCCCACCACAUCCCCCGUUCCGCCGCCUCCGCUUCCGCAUCGCGCCGCCCCGGCCACGACCUUCUCCCGCCGUCCUGGAACCGGGCGAUGGCCGCGUCGUCGUCGUCGUCCCGUCCCCUGCUCCGCCGCGUCGCGGCCCUCCUCGGCGGCCGCGUGCGCGCCAGCCACCGCCUUCUCUCCUCCUCGCCGUCCUCCUCCUCCGCCGCCGCCGCAGCAACCGAGAGGGCGUCGCCGCCGUCGCCCGCAGACCCGGAUACCGUGCACAUGACGGAUGGCUGCAUCCGAAGAUUAAAAGAAUUACAUGCUAAAGAACCACCUUCUGAAGGUAAGAUGCUGCGAUUAAGUGUUGAAGCUGGUGGAUGUUCUGGAUUCCAAUAUUCUUUCUCUCUUGAUGACAAGAAAAACUCAGAUGAUCGGAUCUUUGAGAAAGAAGGUGUUAAAUUGGUUGUGGACGAUGUCUCAUAUGACUUUGUGAAAGGUGCCACUGUGGAUUAUGAGGAAGAACUUAUACGCUCCGCAUUCGUGGUAUCAACAAAUCCUAGUGCAGUUGGGGGCUGCAGUUGCAAGAGUUCUUUUAUGGUCAAUUAGUUUCAGCUUUAGUAGCUUGAUGAGAUAGGUAAUAUGUGAUAGCAUUCUGUAUUGAAAUAUACUUCAUUGAUACAUGUGUACAAUUUGGUAUAUUUGGUGGUUCCAAAGAUGUUAUUUCUACUGCUUCUACCUUGUGAUCCUUGUGAUUACAAGUUAUGUAUACUGAAUCAUUUGGCCUUCAGUAUUUAUUUGUAUGUUGCUUCUUUCAAAGUGCUAAAUAAGAUGCAAUCUUUUGUAACAUUGAUAUGAGUGUAUAUAUGUCAGAAUUUUCUCA